UGUGCUGGCGUGUUCUCGCUGCCGGCAGGCUCUAGAUUCUACUGUUAUGGAAGGCUUCGGUUUCACAGCCCCGUACCAGAGAAGUAUCAGCACCAGAGAACCAAGCCAGCAGAGAGACCAGGAAACAGAACCAGACCAGCAGACGACUGGUACCAGGGAACAAGACCAGGAGAAGGUGUGUCUGAGUGGCCAGGUCACAGAGCUGGAGAAGGAGCUGGCCCAGACUAAACUACAGAUGGUGGAGGCCAAGUGCAAGAUCCAGGAGCUGGAACACCAGAAGGGGGUGCUGCACGUGAUCUCCAGGCACUAGGAACAGCU